AUGGGCUCCGUUUCGAACCAGGAAUUCCCAGGAGUUUGUAAGACCGAGGAAGAUGAGGGACCGAGCACCGAGGAAGACUCACAGUCCUUCCACGGCGUCGGCGUGUGCAAGUGGUUCAAUGUCCGCAUGGGCUUCGGGUUCCUGUCCAUGACCGCCCGGGAGGGAGAGCCCCUGGAGGAGCCGGUCGAUGUCUUCGUCCAUCAGAGCAAGUUGCACAUGGAAGGCUUCCGCAGCCUGAAGGAGGGCGAGGACGUGGAGUUUACCUUCAAGAAGUCAUCCAAGGGCCUGGAGUCUCAGCAGGUCACGGGACCAGAAGGUAUCCACUGUGUGGGCAGCGAACGGCGACCCAAGGGCAAGAAGCUCCAGAAGCGACGUUCAAAGGGAGACAGGUGCUACAACUGCGGAGGCCUGGACCACCAUGCCAAAGAGUGCAAGCUGCCACCGCAGCCCAAGAAGUGCCAUUUCUGCCAGAGCAUCGACCACAUGGUUGCCAACUGCCCAAUCAAAGCACAACAGUCCUCGCCAGGUUCUCAGGGAAAACCCUCCUCCUUGCAAGGAGACGAGGAGGAGCACAGCCACUCGCCACUGCCCCCGGAGACCUCCGAUUAA